UUUUUUUUAAAUGUGAUAUUUGUUGGUGUACUUAUCUAAAUCUAAUUUUUACCCGCUUUAUUAUACCAAGUAGAUUGAAUUUCACGUGCGACGUACAUGUAUGUUUCCUUUUUUUUUCGUUUUCCUAAUAGGCCAAUAGCCAUAGAAAUCAAUAUAUAAAAUACGACGACACCACUUUUGUUCUAUUUUGCCUAGCUUCAAGUUUCAGGUAAGAGCUUCAAAGUCUUUAACGCGUUUUUAUUUAUUCUUCAUACAUCUCUUAUAUAUCUCUGACACCCAUAAGCUUUUUCAGUUUUGUUCUAAAGAUCAUUCGUUUGUUUUAUUGUUAUAACAUAUGGAUCUUUAAACCUUUUGGUCUAAUAUAUUUGCGUUUCUUAGUCUCGCAGAAGAAGAAAAGAAUAUGUCGAUGGUUGAAAAAUACAACGAGAAUGAGCAACAAGAGGAGUUUGUUGGGUUUAGGUUUCAUCCUACGGAGCAAGAACUCAUCCGCUAUUGUCUCGGGCGUAAUAAGGUUGCCAAAACAUGGAAUAAAGUAUUAGAGUUACAAGACAAGACCGAUUUAUAUGCCAAAGAGCCGUGGCGGUUGACUCACACAGAGACAGACUUUUUCGAACCUAAUGAGUGGUACUACCUCGUGACACUGGCUCAGGUCUCUGGAAGCCGCAAAGUCAAAGGAGAGACAUGUGAGGGGCGUUGGAAAGCCCUUGGGAAGCUGAGUGAUGUUCUAUCGAAAGAUAAGCGUGAGGUGAUUGGGAAGAAGAGGAUUCUCAGUUUCUACGUCAAAGGUGAGAGCAACUCGAGUGGUUGGAUCAUGACGGAAUACUAUCCCCUUGAUGGUGGCUCAUUCCAAAAUCAAGUUCUCUCCCACCUUAAAGGGCCAUGAUUAUGUGUGUGGUUUGGUUAAUUUUAGUGAAGAGGAUGAUGACUUCUACUUCUUAUUUUAUUUUACUUCUAUGCAUGUCUAGUUUAAAAGUUCCCUAGUAGUCUUAUUUAUUUAUCAACAAAAAUUAUAUUUAAGGAGAAUAUCAUAUUUUCUU